ACCACCACCGUCAAUCGGCUCAAGGUGAUACCAAAUGCCGCCAACCGACCAUAGCCGGAUUCCAACUUUGCUGCUCCACAUUCGACGUGACUUUCAGGUGACCGAGAUGAGCAGCCGUGAGGGGUCGGAAAAAAUUGAUAGUGAUAUGUAUCUGUGUGUGUGUGGCCAGGAUCUUCUCUCUCGUUUUGUCUGGCCUCGUCUCGGUGCAGCGAGAGCGGCUCCUCUGCGCAGUCGCCUUCGUAUCCAACGGGUUGCAAUGUCAACUGCACCCCGUCCAGCACAAUGCCGAACAGCGCUUUGCUUACAUCUCGGCCUCACGAGCCGCACGCUGAUCAUGGCCGAGGAGCAGAGAAGCAAAAUCCAGAAGCUCGACGAGGCUGUCGUCAACCGCAUCGCCGCUGGAGAGAUUAUUCACAGACCCGCAAAUGCCUUGAAAGAAAUGAUCGAGAAUUCGCUGGACGCAAAGGCAACGGCUAUCACUGUCGUCGCCAAGGACGGCGGCCUCAAGCUCCUGCAAAUCACUGACAAUGGGAGUGGCAUCGACAAGGAUGACAUGGAUCUCGUUUGCGAGCGCUUUGCGACAAGCAAGCUGCGCAAGUAUGAAGAUCUCAACUCCAUCUGCACAUACGGGUUCCGAGGAGAAGCCCUCGCCAGCAUCAGCCACGUCGCGCAUGUUUCCAUCACCACCAAGACGGCCUCGUCGCCGUGCGCCUGGAAAGCCCAUUACGCCGAUGGAAAGAUGACGCCGCCCAAACCCGGGACCAAAGCAGAGCCCAAGGCGUGUGCGGGAAACAACGGAACCCAGAUCACGGUCGAGGAUCUGUUCUUCAAUGUGGCGACACGUCGUAAGGCGCUCAAGAAUACCUCAGAAGAGUACUCCAAGAUUCUGGACAUUGUCCAAAAGUAUGCCAUCCACAACGCUGGAGUCAGCUUUACAUGCAAAAAGCACGGACACACUACCUCAGAUUUGUUCACGUCAUCGACAGCGACCACGAUCGACAACAUUCGCGCGUGGGACUUUUCAAUGAAGGGAAACAUCUCGAAUGCCAACUACAACACAAAAAAGAUGAUCUUCCUGCUGUUUAUCAACCAUCGUGCCGUAGAUAGCAUCAAUUUGAAACGGGCAAUCGAGAAUGUCUAUCAGGCCUAUCUUCCAAAGGGCACCCAUCCGUUUGUGUAUAUGAGCCUCGAGAUCAAGCCUCAGAACGUCGACGUGAAUGUUCAUCCAACAAAGCGAGAGGUCCACUUUCUGAACGAGGAUAGCAUUAUCGAGACAAUCUGCGAAGCGCUUCAGGAGUCGCUCAAGGACGCCAACUCGUCACGGAUAUUUUAUACCCAGGUUGGCAUCGCCGCGGCAGCCUGUACCGGCGUAUCCACCUGCCCCGCUCACUCCGUGCGCUCGCCUGCUAUGACAGCCUCGUCCAAGCCCUACCAACACGACCUUGUUCGGACUGACAGCAAGACUCGUACCCUGGAUGCGUUCAUCACCCGCGCUGACACCCCUGGAGCAGUGGCGCAAUCCCUCAACUCUUCUCGGACUCGAACAACCUCCAUCGAGCUCUUGGGCAGCCAAGUCAAUCUGUCCGACAAGCCCGACGACCGCACCGCCGCGGUUGAUGUCGAUACCGUUGCUGACCCGAUGUCUGUAGAUGAUCACGAGCCUGUCGCUCGUGUUCCAGCAAAGCGCAAAAUUGAAGAGGCCCUCGGUAACUCUGCAAGUGGCGCUGUUGGUGGCGAACAACCUGAGGCAGAUGCACCUUUGAGAUCGGCGACCGACGAAGGCGAACAAGUGUCAAUUCGUUCGGGCCCGCACGAGCACGAUCGUGCCGCAACCAAGGUGCGCUUCGAGAGCGACAUAACACCGUCCACGGAGAGUGUCCGCGACUGGGUCGACGUGCGCUUGAUAAGCAUUCUGGAGCUUCGGUCUGAAGUUCAGGAGAAGAGUCAUGCUGCUCUGACCGAACUGUUCCGCCGCCAUGUGUGGGUCGGCAUCGCCAAAGAGCCGCUGGCUGUUGUGCAACACCAAACUGGACUUUACUUGGUCAACUACCAUGAGUUGAGCUGUCACUUGUUUUACCAACUUGCGCUGAAGGCAUUUAUGAACUUUGGAAUCAUGACACUAUCGGCGCCCGUAUCGAUAUCGAGCCUUCUGUCGAUGGCGCUGGAGGAUCCCGAGCUGAUCAGCGAGAUCCCAGUGGAAUCCAGCGCCGAGGAGAUUGCUGAGUCCGUCGUCGCAACCAUACUCUCGAAGCGAGAGCUACUGUCGGAGUAUUUCGCCAUCGGCAUAAGCGAGGAAGGAUACCUGACGACACUGCCGAUUCUGCUCAAGGGCUACGUCCCCAACAUGGCCAAGCUGCCGCUAUUUCUGCUUCGGCUUGGAACCGAGGUUGGCUGGGAAGCCGAGAAGGAGUGCUUCGAGGCCCUCUGCUGGGAGAUUGGUUUGUUCUACUCGGUCGAAGAACCCGUCAUCAUCCCAGGAUUGCUGGAAAGCACAGAGGGAUCCCAAGGCAGGGUAGCAAGUGCAGGAACGCCGGACGACACCGGGUCAACACCAAGGUCCGAACACGCAUCGCAACAAUCGACGCCGGGAGUCAGCCCAAAGCACCCAGAGCUUGAAGACUAUUACUGGACCAUCGAGCAUGUUGUCUUUCCAGCAUUCCGAUGCCAUCUAGUUGUACCAAAGGAAAUCGCAACGAGCGGCAGCGUCGUCGAAAUUGCCAAUCUGAAGGACCUCUACAAAGUGUUCGAACGAUGUUGAGGCAGCACGACUCAGCCCUGGGCGAUGCUGAGAACUUGGCCCAUGACUCCCGUUGUGUCGAACCUGCGGCGUGCAGAUAGCUGCAAGGCGAUGCCUGCUCGGACAGGUCGUCCUGUCGGAAAACUGCCGAACCUGAACGACAGCGCCGGAACGUCUGGGUCGGCGACAGUGCCCUGGAUGCAUGGUCGCGAUAGUGCAUGUUGCUGACAGCAGGCUGGGAAGCGAUAUAUUGGCAUCAUAGAUAAAGUCGGCUGAGGAUUAAC